CCGUCCCAGAAGGGAAAUGCUGUGCGAAUGUUAUUGGGGCGUGUUUGUGACCGUGACGACGAUGACGCGACGGCACUUGACCUGGACCCUUGAUGUCGACGGCAAAGAAACGGUCUGCUCACGGUUUACAGCAGAUAUUCCAGUCUAUCAAGGAUCUCUUGAUAAGUACGAAAUCCCAGCUCGACGAUCCCAAGGCGGCAGUACGACCGACACUGGUGAAGAAUCUCCAUCGGGUCGCCUCUCUCGCAGAAUCAUUUACGGAACAGAGGCCGAGAGCCAGCAAGGACUGCGCCGAGUUGGCUGACGGAUUGGAUCAAGAAGGUGUCAAUCUGUGGAACAUAUCAAGUCUAGUCCGCAAAUGCCCCGAGGACGACGGCCGGGCUGUUGUCGUGGCACUCAGACUUGCCGCUUUCCGUCUUGUUGAAGCAGGGUUAGAACCGAAGCCGGGGAUAGAAUGUGUGUAUCCAGGCUGUUUCCCUUGCUGCGUAGCUUAUCCCUUAUUAGCCCUUCUCCAUGUUCUCCAGAUGGCAAGCAAGACGGGCGCCACCCUCUCAGAACUGGGAAACAACGAUAUGGCUGGCAGUGUGCUCACUAGCGCCGCAAAGUUUGAAGAGCUCUUGCGAAACGCGCCAGACCCAGAUGGAACCCAUCGACAGGCUAGAGCCCGUGCUAUAGUAGUCUACUUCUCCAGUCGAAUGGAGGCUGCAUGGAAGGAAGGAAAUCAUACCGUGGCUGACUUCAUGUCUUCAAAGAUAACGGACGAUGACCAGCGUCUCGCUCUGCUACCACCUCAUGAUCGUACACUUCUGGCUACCAAGUUCCAUGGCAUUGGGAGGGCCAUAUUAAAAAGCCACGCCACUUCGGACAACAACGGAACGAAACCUGCAGAUGCUGUGGUGUGGUUACAGAAGGCGUUCACCAUGGCGGACCAACUAGACGAUUCGGCCAUAUCCGGCGUGCCACAACUAAAGAUAUCGAUGCUGAGAACUCUAGCAAGAGCGUAUUUCCUUUCGGGGUCAUACGACAGAGCAGAAGCAACACUUGACGAACUCGUCCCAUCCAUAGAUUCCUCAGAUGAUCCCGCAAGCUCCGAAUAUCAAGAACUUCGAUGGCUGCGGUUGGCUAUUCUUAAACGGCGCAAAGCUGGCGAUCCAGCUCUGUUAGAUGCAUUCAAGUCUAUAAUUGAUCACAUGGAAUUAACGGAGUCUCGAAUAACUGAUGUUCUACAGGACUUGCGAACAAUCAGCCACCAACACGCCCUCGUUACUGCCGUCAAUCAGCACUGUCUGAAACGGGCUCUAGCAUGUCCUGACCGGUCAAGUGGUCAUGUUGACCGACUGCUUCUCUCGCUGAUCGUUCACUGCUCAAAGGACGAAGACCACGCCAGAGCAAUGGCGGCCAUCGAUUCCACGUUCACAUCCAUUUGCGAAGCAGACUACGAACUUCCGAGUGUACCGGCAACAGCAUGUCUUACGCUUUUAUGGCAAUAUGGUGAUCGUCACUAUCACGCAAAGAGAUGGUCGGACGCGGCAGAUUGGUUUAUUGCCGGUAGUCACAAGCUAUUUCGGGAGAACUGCCCGACAAGUAGCUCGAAAUGUCACCGGAAAGCGGCACUUUGUUAUAUUGAGCACCGAGAGUAUGCCAAAGCUUCCGCCGUCAUCCGCCGCUGUCCCAUCACCGAAGCAGCUACUCAUUAUGUUAUAUUCCUUACUGCUGUUCAUCAAGGCAUCGAUGAUGAAGCCAUUAGAGCUGUCCAGGACAUGAUGAAAUCACCAGAUUUUGACCGAAAGAUGCUCCUUCUAGCCACGCAGAUUUCACAUGAAUCCGAAAACAGGCGGAUCCUUCUAGCUGCCCUGGAAGCUCUUCUCAAGACCCUGAAACUUUCAAAGGGCGGUGAGACUGUACUGGAAGCGAUGUCGUUGCUUCGGUGCAUCAUCAAGCUUGUGCUCAGAUUGCUUACCGAGCCUGCCGCUGAUAAACCAAUCCUUAUUGGUACAAUGGUGGAGCACUUCCAGACGGCGAAGAUCCUCAUCGAAGCUGCCAACGCUCAAAAGGCGCUGAAUCUGAUAUCCAAAGAUGUCUCAUGGUUAUGGAGAACAGCAUUCAACUGCGCUGUACAAGGGUGUUCGGAGUGGGAAGGCUCGGGCUGCGAAGAGCGGAUCUCGGAUUUGUUUGAUAUAGCACGAGAUCUGCUAGAAACGUGUUGCCAGGCAUCAUCAACAUCACCUGUAGACGUCGAUGCGGAAGUUUAUUUACAUCUCAUCAUUGCGUCGUUCUCCGGAGUCUCCGGCCGGAUCUUCGCACUCCGGCAAUCUCGGGAACCCGACUCGGAGACUAAUAUCAAUGCCCGGAUACGUGAUAUAUCCUCGGAAAUCAAGACGUGUCGGGAGAGGGUUGAGGAGAUCCAGGGGAAGGGAGUGAUUACGGAUGAGAAUGAUUUGGUGAGGGUGGGGUAUUUUUUGCACACGCUGAGGGUGUUUGAGGUGGAGAUGUUGGUUAGGUUGGGGGAGUGGGAGGCGGUGGGCAGGGUCGUUGGGGAUACGGUUAAGGCUGGUCCGUUAGCGGCAAGCACGUACGAAGCGAUUGCGGAUAUUCUUUGGGUAAGGAAGGACUGCCCGAUCAAUAUUCUUUACGUGGGUCUGGAAUCCAUCCUCCGCGCGAGCCUCGAUCACAACUCGCUCUCGAUUGACAAGUUCUCGAGGUGGCUGAGGGCAUUGUGCACGAUUAUGAUAGCUAGGAAUGAUCGGCUCAAGGCGAUCGGGUACGUCGAGCAGGCUGUCGGAGUUAUUGAGGGAAGUAUUGGAAGCGAUGAGCCUUACCCCAUGGACGAACGUUUCUGGUUGUUGAGCACAGCGUAUAACGUUGGGUUUGAAUGCCUAGAGUCAUCGGCGUUUGAUGAAGCUAAGAGAUGGUUCGAAUCGAGUACGGUUAUUUGUAGGUACGUGCCUGGGGGGAAGGAACGAGCAGAAAAGGUAUGUUUUUGAUUGUUUUAUUCCUCUGGGAAAGUGGGGCUGACCUGUUGUGGGUCAGAUCUCUGAUACGUAUACGCGGUUAUUGGAGAGAUGUGCGACUGGAUAAAUGUGCGAUGCUUCUGGUCUGUGUGGCUCUGGCUCUUUGGUCUUGUUGCUGUUGCAUCUUUGCCUCCGUCUUUGUUCUUUGUUCCCUGGUCUUGAUCUGUGAUCUCGCGCCGCCUUCUGUCUGACGUAGCGCCGACU